AUGACUCCGCGGUCCAACGAUCCCUCCCCUAGCGUGGGUCAACCAACACCCCCCGGGGUCCCUUCAACCACGACCGCUACUACUGCCAACACCAACGACUCCGACAGCGACAAUCAACCCGAAGAACGUCCAACGCACACCUCAGAAAUCGGUACCCUCAAAAAGCUUCCCAAUCAUGGCACCGCCUGGCUAGGAAGCUCGUCCGGAGUCUACUUUGUCAACACGGUCCGUCGUGCCUUUUCCGCCGCCUUCGCCUCGUCCAGUCUCGGAGGUCCCAAUGCGGUCCCCGCCAGCGAAGACAUUCUCACCGGUGAAGAUGCCGAAGGUCGCUCCUACAAUGGUCCGCUACACGAUGGCCCGAGUGCAACGGACCAAUUCCCCCAGCUUCUCGCCUCUGCGUUGGGGAAACCUCCCGAACGAAAGAUUGCCGUUGAAUUGGUCAUGUCCUUUUUCACCGCAUGGCAUCCUCUGUUUCCCUUCCUUCACGGACCCACUUUUCUCAAGGACAUGGAAUCCAUAUACGUCCAACAACGUCGAGCGUCCAAACCCACCAAAGAAAAUCCGGCCCCGACGGACCUCCGAAAACUUCUGACCUUUCAACUCAUCAUCAACAUCGCCUCUCUGGAUCGCAGUGAUAUUCAUCUUCCCAUGGAGUCACGGAUCAAAUCCACCGCCGACGUCUGCCGGGUGGCAGGUUGUCUUGCGCUCACCCACGACCUCUCCACCAUCCAAGCCAUUCUGGCCGCUGAAUUAUACCUCGUCGCCACCCUCGCUAUUCGUCAAGCCAGCACCAUUGCCGGUAUCAUUGUCAAAUUGAUCUACCACGCGGGACUUCAUCGCUGUCCAUUGCGUUACGCCCAAUUCUCCCUGGAUGAUUGUGAAAUCCGUAAACGGAUCUUCUGGUCCGCAUAUGCCUUGGAUCGACAUUGUAAUUUGAGUCUCGGAGACCCCAAUAUCAUCCAAGAUGACGACAUUGACGUGUGCUUGUCGGGCCCGGAACUACACAAAGCCGUCGCGCGAGAGAUGGUCCCCAAUCCGGAGGGCGAUAUGGGAAUGCACAUGCCUCCGCCUCGAGUUGUCGCGGACGAUCCUCGGGUGGCACAAUCCAAUAAUGACGGGCCCGAGGCCAGAGAGAAACGGCUGAGAGAAGCGGCAUUGACGGCCUAUGUGCAAUGGGGAAAAUUGACGGGACAAAUCAUUGAAGUCUUUCACAAAAGCAUCAAUCACCGCUUCCCCAAGCAUGAACAAAUCCUCCGCCUGACCAGUGACAUUGAAACAUGGUGGAAUGAUCUUCCGGGCUUCCUGACCGGAGAAAUAGACCAGCCUGCAAUACAGAGUCUUCCCGAAUCCGCCGAAAGCAAUGGCAUCACCAAUUCACAGUCAUCCAACAACACCGCCGGUGGCCCCCAUCCCACCACUCACGCCUCAUCCGGCCCAGCCUCCGAAUCGGCCGCGGUUCUCACUCACCAGCAACACCUCUCUAGCUUCUUCAAGAUCCUGUACCAUCGAUUGCUUCUCUUAGUCAAUCGUCCACGACUCUCUCUCGACCAGUCGACGCCGGAAUUCCAACACGGCCUCCAAGUUUGCAUUCGAGCCUCACGCGGGAUUGUUGCCGGUCUUAAAUCCCACAAACGUCAUGGCCAAUCCAUGUUCCUUCCUGGCCUUCUCUCGGCAGCGUGGAUGUCGGGACUCAUUAUUGCCUUUGCUUGUCAGCUAGGGAAAUAUGCCAAAGCGCGGGCGCUAAGCGACAUGCAAGCGUGCUUAACGUUGCUUGAGAGUAUGAACAUCAGGUGGUACACGGUACAGAACUGCCACAAGGUCCUGAGCCUGUUGCUCAUCAACAUUCAAUCACGCAAGGCCUCUAUAAAUGGCUUCCUCACCGUCCCCAAACCAGAUCAAUCCCCCCAAAAUCUCCCUCACGAACUCGAUCAAAUACAACCGUCAAGAAAGCGCCAACGGACAGGUGGACCUGAGGAUGCCAGUCCCCGAAAAUCCUCCACGACGGAUUCUGCCACCAGCUCCCCCAUCCAACAACAUCCCUCCACCGCUGGUGGAAAUGGAACACAUCGAAUGAAGCCCGCACCGUCCUCAACGUCAAAUAGCACACCGACAUGGACUUCUUCGGCGACAUUCGAUCCUACCAACCCGUCUGCACUCACCAAUCCGACUGGUGCCGUCUCCAGCUUUGACUUCUCCAAUUGGGACCGUGGGCAACCGACGACCCAGCCGCAAUUUAAUCCGGGAAUCGGCAGCGCCGUAUAUGCCACCCCUCAAGACUUGGCAUUUGCCCAAUCGACCAUGAACAUGAACUUGCCCGGCAUCGGAUCAAACACCAGCUCCGGAGGGCUGGGCGGCGAGGGAGUAACCGGUUCAAAUCUCCAGGAAUAUUCCGACCCCAUGUUCUGGGGAAAUAUGGAUUAUAAUGUCGCGGAUAUCUUUGGUUCCGCGACCUGGGAGAAUAUGACCGGCCCUUUUGCACCAAAUGGUGGCGUUAAUGGCGGAUGGGAGAUGUGA